UGCAGACUGCAGAUGGACUGUUUGUUGUAGUUAGCAGUAGAAUGGGCUGUUACUGGAUUUAGUUAUAGAGAAUAUUUGACUACAACGAUAAAUAUGAAUUAAUUUAUUUACUGUCUUUGUAAAUUUGUAUUACUUCAAGUGCAUUAUCCAAACAGAUAUUCACUGAUUAUUUUUAUGAUCUUGUUUAAAAAUACUGGAUUUCAAAAGAAUUACAAAAUGAAUCAACUUUAUAGCACAUAAAGAAGGAAAGCUACUUAAUUUAGCAAAAAUGGACGUGAAGCGAGUUACAAUAUUCUGUUUGUUCAGGAUAUUCCUGCCGUUUGCGCUUUUAUCAGCCGUGGCCUUUCGGUUCAAUUUUAUGUCAUUUGUGUACCUCCUGUGCCUACUUGUGAAUCCUCUACUCUCUGCGCCUUCUCCUCGCUAUCUGAAGACUGUGAUAGGUCUGAGCAUAUCCUUUUGUCUGUGCCAUGUUAUUUUCCAGUCGGUGAUGCUGAGCCUGGGAAACUAUGGUUCCCUUAUAGAUUACUGUAACUGGAAAGGGAGAUUAUAUGCCUUAUUCGGGUUUCAUCGCUACGACUCCAUUAGCAUCCAAGAUGCUCUGCGCCUGGCAGGGCUGGACUUUUGGGUCAUGUUCGCCUCCGUCGGCGUGUUUGUAGCCAUUGAUAAGCUCCAAGCAGUUCAACAGACCCCGCCGCCGGCGGAAAAUCAAGAUCUAUCGGAUGGGGAUAUCAUCAGAAGACCGGUGCGAAGACGCAAAAAACGGAAAUCCGAAGUUCUGUACUGGACUGGAGAGGCGUUUGUUCUCUUCUUCUUGGCUGGUGCAGGGAUUCUGUAUCCCUCCUUGUCAUCUGCUGUUUAUUUUCUUGUGUUUUUAACUGUUUGUACAUGGCUGUCGUGCAAUCGAAAGAUUGGUAGAAAGUAUCUCCAAUCGAAAGUACCUCUUUUAGUGUAUUGUGCCGUGCAUUUUGUGAGUAUCUAUUUAUAUCAAGUUGACUUUGUUCAAGAUUAUAUUCCACCGGAAAGCCUUCCUGCAAGAUUAGUUGGUCUUCCAAACUUAGUACUUCAUAACUGCUCGUCUCCAGAUCCGCGAACCCUUAUUUUUCAAGGUCAUUCGUGGGCCAUUUACGCCAGUCCUUUCUUUGUUCUCAGUUUGUAUUGCUUGCUCGCUUUAAUUAUUAGGAAGCAGUUAAUAGCUCCGGCGGUCGAUGAAUGUAAGUACGACCCUCCCAUGUCACGGGCCGACUCGAAACAGAGCUCUCAGUUCUCCCAGAGCAGCGUGAGGAGAAGAAAAUCGUCUAGAAGAGCUACUCGAAACCAACAAGAAGAAAGAGCAAGAGUAGGUAGAACUUCUUCUGUAAGAAAAUUGCUAGACGAAGAUCACACUGGCCGCUCGUACAGAACAAUCGACACCGGAGAAGCUGCAGCGAAAGAGACGCUGGCCAUCGAUCCCAAUGGAAGCAUCAUCUGGACAAGUGAAAGCGACAUGCCCGAGAUCGUUGUAGAACCUCUAGAAGUUGAUAAACCUCCCGUCUCCAAAAGUUUUAGUUCUAAGCUAAAGAAAGUAUUCAAUCCUAUUUUAUCAGCUUUAAAACUUAUUGCAAAAGGAAGCUACAUAGCUACUCUGAUUGUCAUGAUGACAUGGAGUAUAACAUAUCAUAGUUGGCUUACAUUCGUGCUACUUCUGUGGUCUUGCAUCAUUUGGAUGAGUCCAAAUUCCCGAUAUGUUUGUUUACGGUCGUCUCCAGCUUUGGUGUUUUACGCCGAAGCACUUUUGCUACUGCAGUACAUUUAUGGACUCAACUUGACAGAAGAAGAACUAUCUUCCAAAAAUGUUGGGGAAAUAGGAUUAGUGAAAUACGGUGAUCUAACUUAUCAGCCACUAACAAUAAAGGUCCUGUACACCGUCAUGUUCUGGAUCACGAUGCGUCAAUUCUUCGAGGAGAGGCAGCAGACGAGCGAGAGAAACAUCGCAGAAGGUCUGACGUUGGAACCUUUUAACAUUUCUUAUAACACUGCAACCCCUGCAUGUCCCAGACCAUCUAUCAAAAGACACUUCAGCAUUGUACCGUCAGUGACGUCACCAAAUCCAUAUAUCCGUGUGGUGGCAGAAACAAUAUCAAAUCUUUUAACAAAAUAUUGGAUAUGGAUUGCUGCAACGAUGCUAAUGGUCAUUUCUCUUGGAGGCCAAGUUGUUGUGGUGUACCGCAUUGUUUACAUGUUCCUGUUUUUAUUUUUUAUUUUAAUGUUCCAAUUUUCAUAUCAACUGUGGAGAAGAAUAAUGUAUGGUUUCUGGCUUACUGUCAUUGUAUUUUCUAUGCUUGUUCUCAUCAUAAUUUAUACAUACCAAUUCAAAGACUUCGAUCUUUAUUGGGAAAAGUACCUGCACGUAUCCAAAAGUGUGCAGAAAGAUUUAGGUUUAGAAAUCUACGAAUCGGAUACGGGCACAUUGUUUGUGAAAUUGCUGACUCCAACUUUUUUCCUGAUUAUAACCAUAAUCCAAUUACAUUAUUUUCACAAGGACUUUCUUCUCAUAAGUGAUAUUCAUUACCGCUCUAGUGAAAACAUAGCUGACACUACUCAGCUGACGACAGCGAGUAACCUGGCCAAUGAUAGCACCGAAACGCACAUCACCAUUGACCAUGAACCUGAAGUGGAGAGACCGAAGAUCCUUAAUCUGAAGACGCCCCCGAAUCUUAAAGGGGCCGGCUCGCCUACCUCAGAAUUGGGUAGUCCUUCGACACCUAAGAAAGAUGACGUAGAAAGCAACAGGGCAGAAAGAGAAUUCAGAGCUGUGAAAGUGUGUUUGGAGAAUAUAUUUAAGGAAGUAUCCCAAGUAUUUACGUAUGUGUCAGAAGUUUUAUGGAGAGUGUUAGAGAUACAUAUUAUAAAGAUUGUUUUACUAUCCACAUUCUGCUUGGCUGCUUAUGAUGUUUGUGCUAUUCACGUUGCCUUUGUUAUUUUUGUUGUCAUAUGUUUACCCCUUCCGGCUUUGCAGAAGUUUUUUUCUCACUGCAUAUCAGUUUGGGCUGCCGCUUUGUUAUUGUCAAAAAUGAUUUAUCAGUUAAAUAGUGUGGACUAUUUAAACUGGCAAACAAAUUGUUCAUCAGUGGCCUUUAUCAAUUCUUCAGAAUUUCCGUAUCCAUUUAAUACAACUAUUGACAACCAUGAUUGGAUUGGAUUCAAAAGAACUCAUUAUUUAGCCGACUACUGCAAGGGAUAUAUAGCUUUGAUACUAGUUCUAACUAUUCAAGCUGUUGUCAAAAUCAGACAAGAGGUAAACCGCAUUCAUUUCAAUUUGCCGGAACCAAAAACUGGUGUCAUAUUCCCAGAUGCUACAAGGUGUACUGCUGAUGACAGUCUACUGGAAUGUUUAAAAUAUUUAGCAAAUUAUUUCUUUUACAAAUUUGGAUUGGAGUGUUGCUUCAUGACCAUUGUAGUAUGUGUUGGCGUAAGACUUGAUGUUUUUGGAUUUUUGUCUGCAGUGUGGCUUUCUUCCAUGUUUCUUUUAAAGCGGAAAACUCUCGCUAGGAUAUGGCCUGUUUAUGUGGCUUACCAAUGCGUCAUUCUUACGCUUCAGUACUUGAUUUGUCUCGGUAUACCCCCGGGAGUAUGUAUAGAAUACCCCUGGACUGAAGCACUGGAGAAAGGAUUAAGAGAAUGGCUUUUCCUACCAAACUUUCAGAAUCCUCUGAAUACUGCCAAAAUUGUUGCUGACUUCUUUCAGUUACUCUUCGCUUGUUGCCAGUUAUUCGUCUUCCGAAUUGAAACUUCUCCUGUGGCCGGACUAUAUGAAGGAGGAAGUAACAAAGAAAUAGACUUUGCUCAUCCAGAGCCAAAUCCAAUACCAGAUUUUGUAACGUGUACCAAAUCCAUCCUGGACAUGCUGAAAGUUCUCAUUUUCUACGCUUUCUAUUGGAUCUCUUUAGCCGUCGCUUUCCAGGCUGGCACGGCGAGAAUCAAUCUGUUUGCGAUGGGUUACGUCAUCAGCUGCUUCUACUUCUUGUGGAAUGGGAAUGAGUUCUAUUUAAAAUCACGACCAGCAUUACUAAGAAUGUGGAAUAUAUUGUUAGCAUACAAUGUGACUGUAAUAUUGAUCAGCUGCUUGUUGCAACUUGUUGGAUGCACUUACUUUGAAUUACUGUGCCGCAAGCAGUGCUGGUUGGUUCAGCUGCUGGGGAUCGCCUGUCAGCAGAGAGCUAAAGAUGAGCCCACCAAAGUGGAAGGAUGCAAAUUUGAGCCCGAUCCCGGCCUUAUGUACGACAUCAUUUGUUUUGCCUUCCUCUUGCUGCAACGGCGUCUCUUCUCGAGUUACUACUUCCAGCAUGUCGUCAAUGAAGUGAAAGCUCAACAAGUGUUAUCCUCGAGAGGAGCCGAAUUGAUUCAUGAAAUACAGAUGAAGGAGGUGCAGGAGCAGCAAGCUAACGAGAGGGAGAUCAUGGAGCGCAUUAAAAAGAAGAUGGAUCGAAUUCGAGCUUAUCAACAAAAAAUUAGAGGAGGUGAAAAUAUGGAACCAGAGACCCAUUUUCAAGAUUGCCCCUCUUUGAAAGGAUGUGUGGAGGUUUUUGCACUAAAUGUUUAUUUUGAAAUGCUGACAUUGCACUCAAGAGCCAUCCGGUCCGGCGAUUAUUACAUGUUCGAGGAUUUUUCGGACGACGACAUCGACCUGGAGCUCUCUGCAAGACACAAGAGGAGCGUCGACGAGGAAGAUGAAGAUUCUGCUGAAGUGAAGGAGAAGGGGCUGAACGCUCUCCUAAGCAAAACUAUCCGAGGAAGCCUGAAACUGGUGGAAGAGCCCCGAAAGGAGUCCGGAGAAGUGGACGAUGUGGAGGACUCGAGCCAGCAGUCGGCCAUCGUCAGCGCUGACCGUGAUGCCACAUCGCAGAAGACAUCACACAAGUCUCCGGAUCCUCUGACAAUCACGAGCAGUGGGCCCACGAUGAGUUUAUCGAUGCCAAGCUCUGCCUCAUCCACUUCAGCAUCAUCGCCCAAAGAGGACACAGUUGCUGCUCUUAGCCCGCAGGACGUCAAACUCCUGGAAGACGAGAAAGAAAAAGAGAAAGAAGAAACAUUUGUUGAAAAAAUCAAGAGAUGGUAUGGAUUUUUCAUUACAUUUGUGAAUAGUGUUCUUAUAAGUACUACUGCAAAACUCAAUGCUGUUUCGAAGGACUAUAGAUUUGUUGCAAGACAACUUUCAAAAGAAAAAAAGCUGCUGAAAGAAAGGUUUAUCCAUAAUGGCUCUUUUGACAUGAAGAGGGCAGAAGAUGAAAUGAAAUGCAAAGAAGAACUUAACAAUAUCCCUGGAUCUUCAAAAGACUUAAAACAAGUAGCUGUAGUGGUGAAGAAAACUAAUUUAGACUUUUUAGGCAGUUGCGAAUUGACGUCGUCUCAAGAUGUUCUUGACGGAGUGUCCAAGAAACAUCCGACGUUCAUGCGCUUCCUGGUUGCCCUUUACUAUGCUGCAAUUUCUCGCUCGGAGCUGCUCUGCUACAUAGUAAUCGUUGUGAACCAGAUGAAGGCCGCCAGCAUCCUGUCGCUGCCUCUCCCCCUACUGGUCUUUUUGUGGGGAACAUUCUCUGUUCCGAGACCGACGAAAGCUUUCUGGAUAACCAUCAUCACAUAUACUGAGGCAAUUGUUGUCUUGAAGUAUUUGUUCCAGUUCUAUUUUUUUCCAUGGAACAAUACUCCUCCCCCUCCAAACAACCCUUUUUAUCCUACCAUUAUAUUCGGUGUCAGGAAAGAUGAAAAUUAUGCUGGCUACGACUUGGCAGUGCUUUUAGUGGUCUUUUUCCACAGAUUUAUGUUGAAGAGUCUUGGACUGUGGAAAGACACCGAAAAGAGUCUGAUCAUCCCCAACGUGGAAGUGACUUCCGAGAGAGGCUCAAUUGAUGACAAAGGCACGAGAGGCUCAAUUGAUGACAAAGGCACAGAGCCUUCGGCGCCACCCCCUGCAAUCAAAGCGUUGCCCGAGAUAAAGAAGGAUGUGCACGACGAUGAAGGUGAAGAACUGGAUGGUUUGGAAGAGUGCUCAGAUGGUGAAGGCAGUGAAAUGUCCUUAUAUGAAGAAUUACCGAAGGUUGAUGUUUCUAAAAUUGUCGGGAAUGUUGUGGAUCCCGUGAAAAUGUUUUUCUAUCACCUACUGUAUCCAGAAUAUCGAGUCACAGUAGAUGUAUAUGCUUACAUGUUUUUUUGUGAUUUUAUAAAUUUUUUCAUCGUGGUUUUUGGCUACUCUGCAUUUGGGACUGAAGAUGCUGAAGCUGUUACUUCCUAUUUUAAAGAGAACAAGGUUCCAAUACCAUUUCUAAUCAUGUUAAUUGCUCAAUUUGCAAUUAUUGUUACUGACAGAGCUUUGUAUUUAAGAAAGUACAUCUUGGGCAAAUUAAUUUUUCAAAUUAUUACAGUCUUUGUAGUACACAUGUGGAUAUUUUUCAUUCUGCCUGCUAUAACUGCAAGGGAUUUCGUGACGUCACCUCAUCUACCGCCAAAAAUGUGGUACUUCAUUAAAUGUUUGUAUCUCCUGCUCUCCGCCUAUCAAAUACGAUCUGGAUAUCCCACACGCAUCCUGGGAAAUUUCUUCUGCAAAAAGUACAACUACGCCAACCUGUUUCUUUUCAAAGGGUACAUGAUUAUACCCUUCCUCUACGAGCUUAGAAGUUUAAUGGAUUGGAUCUGGACCGAUACGAGCAUGAAUGUUAGCAAUUGGUUGAAAAUGGAAGAUAUCUAUGCAAACGUUUUUGUGCUCAAGUGCACCAGACGCGCCGAAGCCGAUUACCCGACGCCGAGGGGAGCCAAGCGCACCGCCCUCAUCAAGUACGGCGUCGGCGGAUUCCUACUCUUCUUCAUCAUCCUCAUCAUCUGGUUCCCGCUGCUUCUGUUCGCCCUCGGGAACACAGUUGGCAGAAGCAACACUCCCGUCAGCUGCACCGUAGAACUCGCCAUCACCGGCUACGAGCCUAUAUUCCGCACAACAGCUCUGCAGCACCAGAUCCACAAAUUCACGAAUGACCAGUGGAAGGACCUAGAAAGAGCCGUCGCCCAGUUGGCCGAGCCGGGAACGACCAGUUUUCUGACUAGCUAUGACAAGGACGACACCGUCCUAAUCGAACUCAGCAACAAUUCCACUUCGAUUUGGACCAUCAGCCCUCCGAGUCAGACUGCGCUCAUUCAGGAGCUGCGAGGUGAGAACGAGCUUAAGAUGGUGUUGUCCUGGUCUUUCCUGAGGAAGAGCGAGGACAGAGAGACGAACCCUGAGAUCGGUGCGCAACGCGAGCUCACUUUGGACGAUAAAAAAUUGAGGCAGAGGCUGGCGGACGCUCUGAGUGUUAACUAUGGGAACGCCUCUACCAUCUUUGGUUCGGUCCCUGAAUCAACUACCAUCAAAGACAUUUUCCCUAAUUUUGUCAAGAUUCCGGGAACGGGGACUUCAUCGGUGGUGACGGCGUUCUAUUCUGGAAAAACCGAAAAUCCGCCAGGCCUAUUCGGAAAGAACCCCUACCGGAGCUUGAACAUUUCCAUGUGGACUGGGGACAUGUUGAACACGUCAGAGAUCAUCAAUGCCACGGGGUCUCAUUACGUGGAGUGGUGGGAAAUUCAGGACGACUGCUCCACUAGAACACCCUAUGCUCUUAGUGGUGUGAACGACUGCAACUUCCUGCGCUUAGUAGCAUUCAGCGACAAGGCGUUCCCGAGUGAGCUGUCUCUCAUUUCGGGCUACGGGAUUGUCGGCUUGUACACGACGUUCGUCCUUGUCGUCUCUCGUGUGGUCAGAGGCUUCGUGGCCGGCACUUCCUUCACGAUAAUGUUCGACGACAUGCCUUACGUGGACCGGGUCCUGCAGCUGUGUCUCGACAUCUACCUGGUGAGGGAGAGCGGUGAAUUCACCCUCGAGGAGGACCUCUUCGCCAAACUCAUCUUCCUCUACCGCUCGCCGGAAAUGUUAAUAAAAUGGACGCGCCCACCCGAACCGGAAGCAGAGGAAGCCGAGGCCAAUCUUCGUUUGCAAUAGUGAAGAGAGGCGCCCCUGGGCACAACUAGUCAAAGAGGAUGGUGCCUGCCUGCAUGUGAUUGUAAAUAGGACAAGAGCGAAUGCAUUUUCACUUUUAUUAUGAACAUUGUAUUUUUAUGGAUGCAUCCUUCAUUGUGUAUCUGUGGUUUUGCUGAGCAUCGAAAAGGAUUUCAAAUUUUUUUUGGUUGGAUGUUUGAAAAAAAUGCACUGGUGGCUGUGCUUAGCACACUUUGGCGCACACGUUGCUGCUGGAAAAAUAAUAGGAAAAUGCCAUUUAUUUUACUACUACACUGCGCAUUUUUUUUAAAAAUUCUGUACGAGCAUUUACAUAAUUCUGUCACGAAUUUAGGAAAUUUUAUUGUACAAUUUACAUUAAUUAGUUGCCAAAAAGAAUCGAUGCAUUGCAAUUUUAUGAUUUCUUCACCGUCCCUCGAUUGACUUGCAUUUUCGUUCACUUUUCCAAGCAUUGCAGUUUAUCUCCUGUAUUUAAUGUAUAGUGAUUCAGUUUUGAAAUCACUUCGUGAAGAAAAAAUAUUUUUAAAGCUUUAAAAUAGAUUUUCUUCCUUAAAUGGUUAAACAAGAGAAAAAAAAACUGAACCGCCGUGCAUUCGAUAUUUCGAUGUAAAUGGCUCCUGAAAUAAACACCGCGCUUGGAAGAUUUAAGUGAAUGUGUGUACGCGCUUUUUAAGUAAUCGGAUCGUAUGAAUGAUUGUCAUUUCUACUGACCGGUUUAAUCACUCUGAGCGUAGCAUAAUUCUUGCAUUCUUUUCUAAUAAUAUUUCGAGAUGCAAACGUGUAAGUGCCGAGUAAAUAAUUUGUAAGUGCUCCUCUAUGUUAUAUUUCCUUGUUACAAUUGUUGUAACCGAAUUUUCGUUUGAAGUUCCCUGCCUGAAACACUGCUUGAUGCAAUUCCUCCUGAAUGUCAGAAUGUUUUUUUUUUUUUUUUUUCCUUGUAUAAUUGUAUAGAUGAUGCAUGCGUCAAGUAUUUUCUUGUGACGCAACAACAGGUAGAUAUCGAUUGUAUUCAUUCACACUGAUCCGUGUUAGAAUAACCUGUAUAAACCAUCUGCUUUUAUAGAAGCGGGGUUUGCGGUACAAAAAGUAUCUAAAAAUAUGUCUGCUUUUCCGUCACUUCACAAACAUAUUUAACUUGCGUAGAAACAUGUGACGCAGUAAUGCUCGGUUAGGCCUCGAGUGAUAGAACUUAUUUGAAUCUUUCCUAUUAAAGAAACGACAGUGAAUGCACAGUAUAGGAUUUAAACUGUUAUAAAUGGUUUUUCAUUUGUACUGAUUUUUAAUUUCGUUGUUUGUCACUAUAAGCAUUAUCCUAUUAGGAUGGUUAUAUCUGUAAUUUAACAUUGUGUGCUUAUCAUGAAUUAUAAAUUUCUAAUUGGCGAUAAAUUUACGUGAAAAUUGCAUUUGGAUGUAAUAGUUCUAUAACUGUAUAUUUUUUAUUAAUGCUAUUUGGUUCAUUUAAUCUUACACUAUACAAUUUCUAAUUUUUAAAUGGCAGUUUUGAAAUUAACAUAAUUAAGAAAAUUCUUAAAAAUUAGCUGAUGUAUGGAUUUAAAUUAAAUUUAAAAAUUGAUUUCCUCUUAUACAAAUCAUAUAUAAAUCAUCUACUUUUACAAAAAAAGAAUCUCAUAAUCAAAGAAUAUUUUAAAAAAUGCUUAUAUGUAUCACUCUGCAGUGUAGAAUUGGAUUUUCAAAAAGAUAUUGUGAAGGAUUCUUUUAAACUUAUUAUUCAAUGAAUUUCAUUGUUUUCAAUUUCAAAAUGUGUCUUAAUUAAUGAGAAUGCAAUGUUUAUUUUUGUACAAAGAAAAAUGCGCUUUUGAACUGCUUUAUAUAUAUGUAUAUUGUAAAUACCGUAUUGUGCAUUCAUAUAUUGGAAAUUUCAUUGUAAAGUGUGUAAACUUGUUAAAUGUAUGUUAUCUGAUCGCUUGAAAAAAAAACAAUUUUCCUAGUUCCUAACUGCAGAGAAAAGUAUGGUAGGUGACGCCAACAUUGGGUUUAAUAUAUUUUGCAAUUUGUUCCAUUUGCAAAGUCCUUUGCAGUUUUAUUAUUGAACAAAUGUGUCUAGAAUAUAAAAUGCUGUUUCAGGAACUCUCCAUUUAACGAUUUUCAACAACCUGCCGAGUGCUCUUUCAUUUCUUUUUUUAAUUCGAUUGCAUAGUAUCAUUAUUUCAUUCUAAUAGAUUUUACAGAUCCAUUAUUCAAAUGGUGAAAUUUUUGUGAAAACUCAUCUUACUUUUUGUAAAAAUAAAUAAUAUUUGAAUUUGGAAAUAUAUAUUAGGUAAUUUUUUUAAAGAAUUCGUAACAUUAUUUCUCAUGGGUAAAUUUAUUUCCAAUGAAGGCUUUGAAUAGUAUAAAUCGAAAACUAUUAUUUUUUACAAUAAGAUAACAAAUAGUCGCAUCGUUUAAUUCUUAACAAUUUUUGCCUCCUUCUAGUCUUAGAUUAGGUCUGUAUCCUGAACAUAAAAAUGUGGUCCUACUUAAAUAUCCAGCAUUAAACUUCCUUGGAAUAAUUUUAGAUGUAGAAAUAGAUUAGAUGAUUUCCGAAGGUGCAUUUCAUGAAUGUCGAUGAAAUGUUAUGAUUCACUCAGCUUUCAUAAUUUUCUGAAAUUAAAUUUUCUAUCUGUUUUUGUUGUAAUAUUUAGCAUAUGUGAAUGGCGAUUUUGUAAAUUUUUACAAUAACUUUCUAAAUAAAGCUAGAAUUUUA